AUGGAACUGAAAUGGAAGAGCAAACCUGUGAAUGUUUUCCUCGGAUGCAUCAUUGCCGUCUGCUUUUGUACGGUUUGUCCGGCUCAAAGACUUUGCACGGUUCCUCCGGGCCCCGUGACGGUCCCAGAAAACUACACGGCUGACGUCCAGCUGGUAAAAAUCAGCUCCAGCAGUGACGUAAUACUUACGGUCUCGGUGAACCCCGAAGAUCUGUUCUACCUGAAAGGGAACGCCCUGAUGGUGAAGAAAGGACUGGACUAUGAGUCAUUGUCCAGUGCAGCUCUGGUGGUGUGGGUGCAGUGCAGCAGAGCAGGCUCCAGAUCUGUGAACGAGUCUGUUGAGGUUUUGGUUGAAAAUGUGAACGAUAACCCCCCGAACUUUGCACAAAACCACUUCGUACUAGAAGUGAAUGAGCUCACUCCGGUCAACUCCAGCGUUGGACUGAUAGAAGCAACAGACAUCGAUUCAGAGCCGCUGUACUAUCGCCUAGAGUCUGCAACGCAGGAUAAAUAUUUCCGCCUGGAAAACAUCAACACUCCAAAGAUACUUGUUAAAAGCAUCCUGGACUACGAUGUUGUACAGAAGAUCUCUCUGAUUUUACAUGUACAGGACACGUUCAAUGGUUCGGCUUCCAACGAGCCCUUCUUCACAUCCGUGGCCACCAUCACGGUGCACGUGAAGGACAUCGAUAACCGGCCCCCGUGGUUUCAGCCUUGUUUGAGGACCAACUUAGGAAUCGCCAAACUGUGUGUGAGCUCCGGCUACAGAGGCAAAGUAAAUCUCACUGAGAAGGAGGAGGGUCCGUUAGUGCUGGAGCCUGGUCCGGUGUUCGCCAGGGACGGGGACAAGAACAGGAGCGAGCAGAUCAGCUAUAGAAUACUCCGAGGAAAUGAGGGAAAUAUUUUCCAGAUUGAUGAGGAAACGGGGAACAUCACCAUGGCUAAAGCUGCUGACAUCGUCGGCCCAAUAACCCUUACUGUUCUGGCGUCGCAGGUGACCAACAGGGAUCAGUUCGCUGUGACGCAGGUGACCAUCGAGGUGAUGAAGAAGAGCAGGAACCCUCCUCGCUUUGAGAAGGAGCGAUACGAAGGAUUUAUCUACAGCAACUCUGUCCCCGAGAGCAUGAUCCUCCGAGACCGAAGCACCAACCGGCCCUUCAGGGUCCGAGCUCGGGACGAGGAUUUCGCCGCUGGUACAAAUCCAGAUGUAAAGUAUGAAGUUCAGUACAGCAGCUACGUCAACGUGACUGCAGACGGUUUUGUGAUCCUGAAGAGAAUUGUGAAGACGGAGUCCUUCGCGCUUCAGCUCAGAGCAGUGGACGCAACAACAGGGGAAUUUGGAACAGCUGCCCUCUCUGUUCAGGUCAUACCUGCGGUGGCCAUCCCGUCUCCCUCAAACGUUGGCUACCGUCCGGGCGACAUGGCUCUUCUGGGUCUGGUCAUGGCAGCUCUGCUGGUCCUCUGCAUCAUUGUGAUUGGCUUCUUGAUUUCCCGCUUGUAUAAGGGAAACGCCGGCAUGGACAAAAUAUGUGAGUGCCUGGGCCCCUGCCUGAAGUCCGACCAGCCCCGGUCCGGCCACAGGGACUCCCUGCAGUACACCAAUGAUGGCUUCCAGAAUGAGGGCGACGCGAGCCGCGGUGGUGCCAGGCGCUGGAACAACGCUCUGCCCAGACGGAGCACCUUCCCCGGGUCACGAGGCCGGGUCAUCCCCCUGGAGAGACGGAGCCGCCACUGCUCCUCCUGUGGUGUCUACACGAACCACGUCCCCAAGGGGAGCCCCUCAGUGAGACCGUCCAGGAGAGGGAGAGGAGACGGCGAUGAGUACAGCAUGAGGUCGAUCCUCACCAAGCAGAGGAGGAAGGAGGGCCAGAAGACGGUGUGGUUCAAGGAGAGCGAGGACUCCUCUGACAUCGAGGUGGAGAUUAUCCCAGACACUGUGGGCCGGGUGGAGGAGGAGACUCAGGAGGAGCUGGAGGUGGAGAUGGAAGGGGUUGUCAGAGACCCGGCAGCCCCGCGGAGAGAGUCUGACGACGGACAGGAGAGCCAAAGCGAGGAGCAGGACCGUGAAAAUACCAGCUCAGAAAAAAAGAAGGAUCUCUACUACACAGUUUACAGUACAUCAAUUAAAAUGCAAAAAGUACCGUGACGAAAGAUUUGAUCUACAUUAUCCACUCCUAUGUGUCACCGGCAGUCAGGUCAGGAAGUCAGCUGACAACCAACAGGCCAAAAACUAAUGAUUUCAGUCUGCAUACUAUCUGUACAUGCUUUACUAAACUGAAUCAGAAGUGUCUGGAAGAAUAUAUGUGAAGACAAACUUAUUUACUGAAUACUAAAACAGGUGGGAUGUUUUUAUGUGGACUGUAUUUUAUUGAGAAUGUUUAGUAAAAUAACUACUUUUAUGGAUAAAUCUGUGUAUAGUUUACUUUUUGUACAUUGAAGUGAUUGAUGAGUGUUUAAGGGAAUAAAAGUUUGAAGGAAUCUUGUGAUCGCCUAGCU